CGCAUGCGCGUUGACGACCAGGUGCAAACUGUCAGAAAUCAUGUAAAAUCGUGCAAAUCCAAGGAAAAACCAUAUCCGUUUAAUGUUGCAUGUACAAUGUAAUUUAAGUUUACGUAAUAAUGCAACUACCCCAAUUGAGUAUCUUUUAAAACGUCCGACACAGUUUCAAAGGCCACAGUUUCCCGGUAACAAAGGACGCCAAAAUAUAAAUGGCGUCAGCAACUGUGACUGUUACGUUUUAUGGGAACUUAAAAUGAUGGAACUAGAUGAUAACAUUACCAAAGAAAAAUUUGCCGAUUUAAUGUCAGGGUUGCUAAAAGCAUUUCUUUUCAUCAAUUUAUUACGGUGACAGUGUUGUGCUGGUGUUUGCAUUGUUAAUAUAGGGGUAGUUUGGCCUUAUUCCAAUUUGCAGAAUAAAAGUUUGGCUAAAAGUUUUCAUCCAUUUUUUGCAAAUCUGUUGGUUAUCAAAAUGAAUAUUUCAAAAGUAAAACAGGCAAGUCAGAAAACAAAGAGUUCAAACAAAAUAUGGGCGAAUCGCUACCAGCUAGUGAAGAAACUUGGGAAAGGGAACUUUGGGACAGCUUUUCUGUGUAAAGAUCUGCGACACAAGUCAACAGACCAAGAUGGUAGCCUAAAAGUUUUAAAAGAAAUCUCAGUUGGUGAUUUGCAACCAGAUGAGACUGUUGAUGCAAUGCAUGAAGCCAGACUUCUGCGUCAGCUGGACCAUCCAAGUAUUGUGCAGUUUCAUGACAGCUUUAUAGAUGGCGAAUCAUUCUGUAUUGUCACAGAAUAUUGUGAGGGAGGUGAUCUUGACAUGAAGAUAGCUGACUACAAGAAGAACAAGAAACUAUUUGAUGAGAAAACUGUAAUGGAUUGGUUUGUCCAGCUGUUAUUAGCAGUCCAUUACAUGCAUAGUAGAAGAGUCCUUCACAGGGACCUUAAAACUAGAAACAUUUUCCUUAAAAAGAAUAUAGUAAAAAUAGGUGAUUUUGGUAUAUCACGCAUCUUGAUGGGUACCACAGAUUUAGCCUCAACUUUUACUGGUACUCCAUAUUACAUGAGUCCAGAGGUGCUCAAACAUGAAGGCUAUAACUCCAAGUCGGAUGUAUGGUCAAUAGGGUGUAUACUGUAUGAGAUGUGUGCGUUGGACCAUGCAUUUGAUGGCAAGAGCUUGAUGUCUGUGAUGUACAAAAUAGUAGAAGGUGACCCACCAGAGUUACCAUCGAAAUACUCAAGAGAACUUAGCGAUAUUUUUAAAUUGAUGUUGAAAAAGGAGCAGGAUAAGCGACCCACAGCAACAGAGCUUCUAAAGAUUCCACUGAUCUCAGGCCACUUGGCUAAAAUGUCAGAGGAGUAUCAAGCCAAACACAGAAACACACAUGACACCAAUAAUGCUGGGAACCAUGCUACUGAGAUUGCCAAUGCAUUGAAAGAAAAAUCAAGACUGGAUGAUCUUAGAAAGAACGAGGAUGAGGUGAAGUUUAAAAACUUGCCCCCGAGAGAACGGUUCCGCCUGAAGAAGCAGUUAUUGGCAGAUAAAGAGGCUGAGCGACUCAGUAAACUAACACGUGUUCAAUUGGAAGAAAAUAACAAACGUAAGAAAAGAAUACAAGAAACUCUCCAUCAACAGUCAAUCCCUGUAUGGCAGGGAGGGGCAGGGGAGGGAAGCGAGCUCCAGAAUGCACUCACAGUUCGAGGUGUGCCCCGUAAGGACUUUGGUACGCGAUCAGCACCGAUGGUUCUUUAUCCACAAACGGAGAACAUUUCUGAUGAUGAGCAGGAACAAACUGUUAAAUAUAAGCCUUUAAACACUGCCGGUGGCCCAUCGCUGGCUAAAUACUUGCAACAUACAUCGCCAAACAUUGAUGAUCAACCUAUUAAACCUUUAAAAGAUAAAAUGGUGUAUGACAAAGAAAAUUCGUCACUUGAUUUUGAAGAUGGGAUUCCAGAUAAUGAUGAACUCGCAAACACGUAUUACUCCCAGUUUGAGGAUGAUUUUACAUCCUCUGACCAAGAGGACGAGGCUUCUGAAACUGUGAUACCUAGAAAACCCGAGUACGACAAUGGUGAUGACGAUGACGACAUUCUGUUUGGGUCGCAAGAUGACACAUUGAAGAAAGAUGAUGAGCAGGACUUGUAUUAUCGCAUGCAAUACGUACUAGACAAGGGAGAUGAUGCAGAGGGUACCUUGACAUUGGCUGAUGAAGAUGCAGGAGCAUUUGGGCCAGUUGCUAGGGAAAAUAAAAUAAGAAACCUCAGAGUUGAGUGUGAGAAGAUGCUGGGGGCGGAGGGCUUUGAAAAGGCGUACAACUAUCUGAAGACGGCUCGCUACGAGCGAGCUACCGAGGCUACAGAAGAGGACAUCAUGCAGGGGCUGCGAGAGUUUGUCAAGAACCCCAGUGACUGCUUUCUCGUGGACCAGCUGCUCUUUUUAGAGGAGCAAGUGGGACAGGGGCUCACGUAGAACUUGACAUGGUUCAUUAGAGCAUCCCUCUUGGAAAACUUUUCUGAACCCUUUACCACUUAGAUACAUAUUUAAUCCUUUACCACUUAGAUACAUAUUUAACCCUUUACCACUUAGAUACAUAUUUAACCCUUUUCUACUUAGAUACGUAUUUAACCCUUUACCACUUAGAUAGGUAUUUUGAAGCAUUUUAGUCCCUUAGAAAGUUAAAUUUAGUAAAGACCUUUCUUACUAGAUUCAAUUUUUAAAGGCUUCAUUUCCAACCCUUAGAUAUUAAUGAGCAGAAAACAGCAUUAAACCUGAACAGACUGUGAGUUACUUGCAGGCUGUUCUGGUUCUAUGCUGUUUGCACAUUUUCACUUUGCUUCUGAGUGGGAAAGGGUUAAUGUAUAAGGGUAAAGUGUUCUACCAGAUUAGCUUGUGCAGUCUGCAUUCCAGAUUGUUUCCAGAGAGAGGCUCAUUGUUAGAAGUUUGACAGGUAUUGUGUUAUAUUAUUUGUCUUUUGUGAAUUGUUUCUGGUUUUACCACUUCCUGUGUGUGGCUUAAAUAAGUUUGGAAGGAAAGUGUUGAGUUUGGGAUCAUUUAUUUAAGUAUUACCAAGAGGUUUUGGACACUCAAGAUCUGUGAAAACCUUUUUCGAGCCAAAAUAAUUAUUUUUUGUAACUCCUAUUUUUCGGACACCUGUAUUUUCACUUACAAUUAAUGACUCUAAAUUUUUUGACAGUAGUCAUUCAUCAUAAUUUGCAAUGAUUUGGUGACACAGCUGUAUUUUUACUACCCAGUGAUGGUUAUAUAAUCUGGCAGAUGAAUGCAAGAAGUAAGUGGGCUGUUAUAUUGUUUAAAUGCAAUGUAAUUUGGUUAUAGACGAAGUGUGACAAAAUAGACUCCAAUUGUAUUGCACCAUAUUUUGAGUUAUAAAUCGCAUAUUAAGAGCAACCAAAUCAUAAUCACUACAAUUGAUUUUAGUUUAAUUUAUGAAAACAUCGGACAUGUUUCGUUAUACUCAGGAAUAUCCCCAUAUUGCUGCAGUGGUACAUUGUCAGUGUCACUGUGCAUGUUCAAACACUGUCUUUUGGGAAUAUUUUUCAGUAUCAAAAUAUUCUGACACAAAUUGUGUGUGUGUGUUUGUUAAAAAAUUUCGUGUAAUUAUACUAGUUAGGCUGAAGAUAUAUUCCAGGAACAUCUUCAGGAUUUUAAUCCAUUUGUACAUAAACAUUUUCAUAACGUAACUUAUUUACAACUGAUUAUGAACUUAUGAAGUCUUUACUUAAAUAUUAUUGGAUUUAAUUGUAAUAAGAAGAAUGUUAUAUUCCAAAAUUCAAACUUUAUUUAAAGUUUGAUCAUAUUUGUUUCUGAAAAAUGCUCUUCAUUUUGGUGCAUUUGGUGCAGCAAGUUGGACAGGGGCCAAUGUAUAAUUACAGAAUAUGCUCGCCAACAGCUUUUGUGUUGACUAAGUGAUCAGUUGUUUGUCAUUUCUUGUCAAGUUUGCUGUGUUUUAAUUAGCAUGUUGGGCAGCGAGUAUUGUAGAAAUAAUGUAUAAAUUGUAUGAUUCGAUAGUGACCUGUUGCUGUUUUGGUAGUGUCACUAUGAAAGCUUAUUUCCAAAAUGGGACAUUCAUUGCCUAUAAUUCAAAUCACAUGAGGUAUCAUGUUUGUCUGUCAAAGGAUCACAUUCUCACUUCCUUACUGUACAGCAUUUCGUUUUCUGAAUACCAGUAAAUUGAAUCAAAUAAUACUUCCCGACCCACCCAUCUGUCUGUCAAAAACGUUUCUGCAUACGUUCUCCUACACUUUGAAAAGAAAAAAAUAAAUAUCUUGCAGGCAUUGUUCCUUUCAAUAUGAAAUGUUGCACAUCUAAUUUUAAUCAUCUUGUGUUAUGCAUUAUAGAAAAUAUACAACUUUGUAUGCCCCCUUUCGAAGAAGAGGGGGUAUAUUGUUUUGCUAUGUGUUGGUCGGUCGGUAUACCAGUUUGUUUCUGAUCAAUAAUGCGUCAACGAAUAGACCGAUUGGCUUGAUACUUCACAUGUACAUUGGCCUUGGACAGUUGAUGACCUCUUGAAAUUUUGGGUCACUAGGUCAAAGGUCACUGUCACAAUACGCAUGAAAAUGGUCUCUGGUCAAUAACUCGUCAAUGAAUUGACAGAUUGGCUUGAUAUUUCUCAUGUGCAUUGGACUUAGACAGUAGAUUACCCCUAAAAUAAUUGGGUUCACUUGGUCAAAGGUCAUGGUCACUGUCACAAUAUGUGGGAAUAUCGUUUGCAACAAUGACUUGGCUUGAUACUUUCCAUGUGCAUUGGCCUUGGACAGUAGAUGACCCCUAUUGAAAUUGGGGGUCACUAGGUCAAAGGUCAAUGUCACAAUAAAUGUGAAAAUCAUUUACGAUCAAUAACUCGUAAACAAAUUGACAGAUUGGAUUGAUACUUCACAUGUGCAUUGGCCUUAGGACAGUAAAUGACUCCUAUUCAAGUCAGGGUCACUAGUUCAAAGCCCCGUUUUGGGGCAUAUGUCUUGGAUUGCGGAACUCUUGUUUAAUUAGAAACUGUGUAACAUCAUGCUAAGGGAGUGAUUACAACAGUAGUAGUAAUAAUUACUGUGAAACCAAAUUAGUCAUCGGACACUGAUUUUCAUGAAUUUUCAUAAGUCAUUGUAUUUUGUAUAAAUUUGACAUUUUGAUAUUAUGAUGUUACUUCAUGACGCUGAACAUUUUAGUUUGCUACUAUCAAGGUCGAAUUCCAAGCUCAUACAUGCAUCAGUUUGAUGUUUAAUCUCUUAUCUAAAGCAAUAAGCAGCAUGACAUGUAAUUAUACAAAAGUGUCCACUUAUCAUUAGAUUCUAGCAAUUUUACCUUUAUUAUGACCCCCUUCGAAGAAGAGGGGGUAUAUUGUUUUGCACAUGUCGGUCGGUCUGUCCGUCCGUCCACCAGAUGGUUUCCGGAUGAUAACUCAAGAACGCUUACGCCUAGGAUCAUGAAACUUAAUAAGUACACUGAUCAUGACUGGCAGAUGACCCCUAUUGAUUUUGAGGUCACUAGGUCAAAGGUCAGGGUCACAGUGACUCGUUCUUUGAUGCAGUUUAUGCUUCCAAAGGACCACAUUUGCAGAUUAUAUUAUGUACUGGUGUCGUGGGGUCUAUCUACCAGGGCUAGCGCUGUCCCAAAAGUUUAUUUGAGCCAACCAGUUUUUUGUUUUUCAGUGCGCAAAAACUGGUUUGGAAAUAAUUAUAUAUACAAUGUACUAUCAACUUGUUAUGCCCCCCUUCGAAGAAGAGGGGGUAUAUUGUUUUGCACAUGUCGGUCUGUCGGUCGGUCCGUCCACUAGAUGGUUUCCGGAUGAUAACUCAAGAACGCCUAGGCCUAGGAUAAUGAAACUUCAUAGGUGCAUUGAUCAUGAUUGGCAGGUGACCCCUAUAGAUUUUCAGGUCACUAGGUCAAAGGUCAAGGUCACAGUGACUCUAAACAGUAAAACAGUUUCCGGAUGAUAACUCAAGAAUGCUUACGCUUAGGUUCAUGAAACUUCAUAGGUACAUUGAUCAUGACUGGCAGAUGACCCCUAUUGAUUUUCAGGUCACUAGGUCAAAGGUCAAGGUCACAGUGAUUCGAAAUAGUAAAAUGGUUUCCCGAUUAUAACUCAACAACCCUUAUGCCUAGGAUCAUGAAACUUCAUAGGUACAUUGAUCAUGACUGGCAGAUGACCCCUAUUGAUUUUCAGGUCACUAGGUCAAAGGUCAAGGUCACAGUGACUCAAAACAGUUAAAUGGUUUCCGGAUGAUAGCUCAUGAAUGCUAACGCCUAGGAUCAUGAAACGUCAUAGGUACAUUGAUCAUGACUGGCAGAUGACCCCAAUUGAUUUUCAGGUCACUGGGUCAAAGGUCACAGUGACUUGAAACAGUUAAAUGGUUUCCAGAUGAUAACUCAAGAAUGCUUAUGCCUAGGAUCAUGAAACUUCAUAGGGACAUUGAUCAUGACUGGCAGAUGACCCCUUUUGAUUUUCAGGUCACUAGGUCAAAGGUCAAGGUCACAGUGACUCUAAAUAGUAAAAUGGUUGCCGGAUGAUAACUCAAGAAUGCUUACGCCUAGAAUCAUGAAACUUCAUAGGUACAUUGAUCUUGACUGGCAGAUGACCCAUAUUGAUUUUAAGGUCACUAGGUCAAAGGUCAAGUUCACAGCGACAAAAAACGUAUUCACACAAUGGCAGCCACUACAACUGACAGCCCAUUCGGGGGGCAUGCAUGUUUUACAAACAGCCCUGUUAUUUUUCAACAAGUAUUUAAUUACAUCAUUUAGUUUCAUGUGUUCUGUAAGUAUUUCAUAAUUACAGGUAGUUUGCAAAAUAUAGACAAUGGUUAUUUACUGUCAUUUUUAUUUCCAAAAUUAGUUGGGAUAGCAUUAGUGUGAAUAAAGGACAAUCAUUGAAGCCUGUUAGAAACUCAUUGAUAGUCUGUCAAUACAGAGUUACCUCAUUGUAGUUCUGUUGUGUAGUAUAAGUACUGCUGCUCACAAAAGCGGCAGAAUCUUAAGUAUUAAAAUUAUAAUACAAAUGCAUAAUGACACUGUAAUGUUUCGUUCUUUGUCUGAUAGCAGUAUAUAGUGUCUACUGGACUUGUACAAUAUAACAGUAUUAUUGUCCCCUACGGGUGAAACCGGAGGGGACUUAUGGUAUGCGUUCUGUCUGUCACACUUUUCUGAAUCCUGCAAUAACUUUAAAAGUUCUUCAUAUUUUUUCAUGAAACUUGAAACAUGGUAAGAUGACAAUAUGAAGCUUAUGCUUGUCAUUUCAUUUUGUUCCUACGUCAAGACUUUUGGUUGCUAUGGCAAACAAUAGACUUGCAAUAUUGCUGAAAAUGGUGGAGUUUCACCCGUAGGGGACUUAUAUUGCUUGGCAAUAGUCUUGUUUCAUAUCCUUUAAUGACUGUAAUAAAAAGUGAUGCAAUGCGACAAAUCAAUUUUAUAAUUCCUUUAUGUUGACAAAGUGUAAAAGGUUUCAGAUAUAUCUUGGUGAACCAAAAAAAUGUACUUGUGAGAAACUUUGCAAAAAUAUGUUUAGGUUUAUUAUGCUCCCCCAAAUUUUUUUGGGGGGAGCAUAUAGUCGCCGCUUUGUCUGUCCGUGCGUGUGUCCGUGUGUGCACAAUUUUUGUCCGGGCUAUUACUCAGCAAUUAAUUACCGGAAUUCAAUUAAACUUUAUGGGAAGCUUCACUACCAAGAGGAGAUGUGUAUAUUAUCAGCCGGUUUUGGUCAGAUGAUUUUUCACAGAGUUAUGGCCCUUUGAAAUUUUCUAUAGACUGUACAUAUAGUGCAAUUCUUGUACCCCCAACUACUGACUGGAAUUCAAUGAAGCUUUAUGGGAAGCUUAACUACCUUGAGGAGAUGCGCAUGUUAUUUGUGGGUUCUGGUUAGAUGAUUUAUUUAGGGAGAUAUGGCCCUUUGAAUUUUUUAAGUUGCUAAACCAUCCAUCGUAUUAUUUUGUCCAAAGUAAUGCCCCUCAAGACGUUUCCUUUUAUCUGAAUAUAUAGUGCAAUAUUGUGACAAAAAACCCUUUGGGGAGCAUCACCCGUCUCAGACGGUUUCUUGUUUAAAAAUCUUGUAACCACGUUUUCCACCUCUGAGUUAUUUAUCAUGACUGUAUAUUAAUGGUUGCCUCAUAGUUUGUGUUCAACACAACAGUCUUGUUUUAUAGUGACGUUGUGUUAUGUUGUGGUUUUCGUAUUCAUGAAAUACAUCCAAUUAACCAUUAUUCAUCUGUCUCCACUUAUUUUUAUAAUUGUAGAAAAAUGUGGGCUGAUAUUGUCUUAUUUGUCUAAUUGUAUUAUAUAAGUCCAAACACUAUAAUUGAUUACAUGUAUUGUUGGGCUUAAACUUUUCUUCUCUAUUUCUUUGUCUACUAAAGAUUCAGUUUUGCACAGUGUUGUCGAUUAUGCGGCACUUCAUAUUCACAUUUCAUUGACAUAAAUAUUUUUAAUAAUUAUGUUAUGUUGUUCAGGUGUUUUUUCUGCAUUUAAUAUGCAAUUGUUAGAAUUAACCAUUAGAUUUGUGCUCGUUUAUGUUUUCUACUAAAUGUCUAUGUUUGUUACAACACUUUGCCUUUGUAUUAUGCUCAGUUUGAAUUGUUAUUAUUUGUUUCUGUUUAAUGUUUUGUUAAGUGUAAUGAAAACUAUUUUAGAUAGCUAUUUUAUUGUAGAACAAAUACAAAAAAUGUACAAAUCAGUAAAUAUCAGUACAUUUUCUAUCAAAAAAUCAUUCUGUUAGAUACUGUCAGACAUGCAUCAUUUCAUUAUGUGGUAAUCAAAGGGGUACUGUCAUAUAGAGAUUAGAAGAUCAUGUUAUGUGUCAUUGAUUCAAUAUAAUUAUAUUCUUCUUUUGCAUUUUCAGAUUUUAUAUCUUCAUGUAUAUAUAAAUAAAUAAAUAUAUAUCUCUUGGCGGAAAUUAUAGCAAAAGGGGAUUAACCUUAAAGUUGGCCUGACAUAUACAUGUAUUGUCAUUUUGCAUUUCCUUGUAAAUUGUUUCUGGAAAAAAUAGUCAUAAACACAUUUUCAAUAAGAAUGACAUCAACAAAUUUAACACCAAUUGAAAAAAAUCUGUUUUACAAUUCUAACCACUAUAGGUUAACAUGCAAUUUGUGUUAUGUAUGUGAAAUAAUUAUGUGAACUUCUCAAAAUAUAUCAUUUUGUCAAUAAGACAUAACAUUUUAGUAUAAACAAACUUAUUAGAAGGUUACUUUGGCAGUAUGGUGUUGUGUUUCUGAAAUCAGUUCAUUAUUAGCACAGACUUUUCAGAUAAGACGUGCAAUAUUGCUGUCUUUGUUGUAAUGCAGCUGUUGAAAAUUAUGGUCUGUAUGUUAUAGUAAAAAAGUGCAUUGUCAGUGUUGAAUUUUACAAUUAUCUAAAUUAAGAGAUGGGACAAACAUAAUGUAGUCCCGGUCAAAAGUAAACAUUGUUCAUUAUAUUUAUUGUUUUUACUAACUACUAAUUAUAAAUAUAAAACUGUGUGAUGUUAGGUAUAGAAAUGUAUGCAUGUAUGUAUGUUUGUAUGUAUAAUAAAAUGAAGAAUGAAAAAAAAAGUUAAUAAAAACCAUACGGCAUCAAAAUUUUAGUAAGAUUUUUAGACGACCAUUAAACACUCCCUUAUUUUCAUAUUAACAAAUCAUGUCUAUAUCUUAAAACUGUUUCCUAUGGUACAAUUAACUCUAUGAACAUAUUGUUUAGAGAUUGUGUAGUGUAGCAUUCGUGUACCGAUUAAUUAAUUUUAAAAGUGUUUGACAUUCAUGUUGGUUUGUUGACAUAUCAAUGUGCAUUAAAACUGCUUAUAUUUUUUACCUUUUUUAUUGUUUGUGUGUUACCCAUGGUAACUUAUUUUUUUGCAUUUGUGAUAUUUCAGAAUGUGUCAUUUAACGAUAUGCAUAUGUAUAUUUACAUUAAAAGAACUUUAACUCG